UAAUGGAAGCGUCUGAGAUUUGUACAAUCGAGGACCUGAGACCAUUAAUGGUGUAAUGUCAUCGGGCGAAAUUUAUUGAAAUGGAUCUUAGCAGAUCGACUCAAGGAAAUGGUUAUAACUUUAAUAGACUAAGAUUUAGGAGGUUUUGUUUUAUAAUUUUGGGAUGUAAGUCCAAAUUGAAAAAAAUUAUUAAGAGAUUAAAAACAAAAUAGCGCAAUGAAAGCGUAUGUUUUGAUAUGUCUAAUGCUUAUAAUUAGGUGAUUAGAAGGAAAUUAUGA